UGCCAUUCCUUUUCGGACCUUUCUCAAAAUUACGUAGAAUUUUUUUUUAGGAAUGCAUAACUGUAAAUUUCAAGUUUUGACGAAGUGCAUAACUCGCAACAUUGACAAUGCUUUUCACUUCCUAAAAAUUCUGCCCGCAUCCUGUUAUUCUGGCCGAGGCAAUGCUUGUGUUGGGAGAAUAGCCGUCUCCAUGCAGCUGCGGAACGGUCAUUCACAGGACUAUCGUUGCAUCCUUUUCAGUCGGCGCAGCGAUAACGAAAAAUUGCUGGCCUUCAAGAACAGAAUGACCAGCUGUGCGGAUGUUGCCAGGAAGUACGACUACCUCAUGGACUUGAAGAAGGAGAAUAUCAAUUUGUAUUAUCGCUACCUCUGCGAUAAUACAGCCGAGGUGUUGACUGUGGUGAAUGCUGUGGACAGCGCACUCGAUGAUAUCAGUAAUCUGGGAUUGAGUGUUACCAAAAGUCCGAAUAUGCAACGACUUGUGCACGUAACUCGAAGUUUGGAUUUCGAUCGUACUGUGAACCAUAUAAGACAAUAUAUAGAUGCCGAGAACAAGAAGAAAGCUGAAACACGCGUUGGCUUUGCCUUGAAGAAGAAACAAAAGGAGCAGAAAAAGGAUAGACAGCAGGAAGGGCAGAAGGAAAGGCUCAAGGAGAAGGAUAAGCAUGAGAAGUCUGUACCUGUGAAACUGCCACGUCGUUCGAAGAAAAAUAUAAUGAAAACAACGAAGCGAAAAUAUGUAAUUUACCUGAAAAGAUAUAGGUGAAGCCAAUUGGUGAAAAGAAUGCCAACUGAAUAAUUCAUAACAAUUACAAUUACAAAUUCAA